AGGACUGAUUCCACUUUUGCUGAUAAAGAUAUCCGACUUUGGUCCUGUCUGAGACGUGUUUCUAGAGAAACUACUAUAGAGAGGGAGUGGAUGGAGAGAUGGAGAAACUCCCUGUCAAGUGGAUGGCCCAGAGAGUCUCAGCGAUGGACACUUCUCUGAGAAAAGUGAUGUGUGGUCGUAUGGGGUCACUAUGUGGGAGGUGUUCAGUGGGGGUAAGUCCCCCUAUCCCGGGACUAAUCCCGUCACUCUGGUGCAGAUGUUGGAGAAAGGAGAGAGAUUGCCAAAGCCAUACAACUCUGCAUGUUCAGACGAAAUUUACACGAUGAUGCUCACUUGCUGGGAGGCUGUGCCAGACGAGAGGCCUUCUUUCAAGACAUUGUACAAUAAUGCCUCAAAGAUUAUUGGGGGAAUAGCUGGUUAUUUGGAAAUUGGAUUUAACCCCUUCACUGCAGUCACGUCAUGCGGAGAAGAUGGAGGAAGGGCAACUACUGAGAGUAGUGUCAUGCAGGAGGGGAGGAAGGAAUAGUAACAGUGAACCGUUGCACUUCUUUUGACUCAGUUAGCUAUAAAAAUAACUCGCCAAAUACAGAGUACCUAGUGGCUUGUGCAAUACACAGAUUGCUUUUGUCCACCUAGUCAUUACGCAAUAUGAACUGAAAAUCACUAUUAUAGCUGCAUGUGGUAGAUAUUUCUACACUUGUACACAAUUGAUGUUUUGUCUAUAAAAAAAACUGCUGUGUAGCUACUUAAGAUGUUUUCAUUUCAUGCUUGUGUAGCUAAACACACAAAAGUAUUUUUGCUACGCUAUUCAAAACCAUGUCACAAACAUGCAUUGGAACUCCUCUAUAAAUCUAGACCCCAACUGGGACAUAGUGUUGAUGAUAGAGAUGUGGUGUCUUUAUUUGAUAUUACAUGCAUUAUUGGGGAGAGAAAAGAUGUCCUUAUAUAUAUAUG